AUGUUCCACCAAGUGAAAGUCCCAGAAGAAGACCAGGCAGCAUUCCGAUUCCUCUACCGGACGCCUGGCAGUAUUUCCGCUCCCUUAACGUGCCAGAUGACCGUUCACGUAUUUGGAGCAAUAUCAUCACGGACGAGCUGCAUUUUCACCCUCAGCAAGACGGCCGAUGACCACCACAGCCAGUUUCCAGAUGUAGCUGAUAGCGUUCGUCGUAAUUUCUACGUCGACAAUUAUCUCGACUCCCUCGACUCCGAAGACGAGGUCAUACGACGGUCCCGCGAAAUGAAGUCCCUUCUCCAGUUAGGAGGUUUCAAUUUGACAAAAUGGACGUCGUCAUCGAGAACGGUGAUCGCAGCGUUACGAGAAUUCGGCCUCGCGUCACCAACACUGGAUCUGGACUUGGAGAAACUACCCGUCGAGAGAACCCUUGGAGUAAUGUGGGACAGCGAGCGAGAUAUGCUGACUUUCAAGAUUCGGAAGCCGCCCAACAACGUGACCCUCACGAAGCGGGUCUUCCUAAGCAUCAUCUCUAGCGUCUAUGACCCGUUGGGACUUGUUGCACCAGUUAUCUUCGUGAUGAAGUCUUUGCUCCAAGACAUCUGGACCAACGAAGAUCGGAUCGGUUGGGACGACGUCGUACCGGAAGCAUUGAGUCAACGUUUCUACUGCUGGUACAACCAUCUGGAAAAUUUGGAGUCUCUCUCCAAAGGGUACGGAGCGGUAGCCUAUUUCCGCACGGUAUUCGAAGAUCAGUCGAUCAACGUGUCUUUCGUUAUGUCAAAAACACACGUCACGCCGAUGAAAGGUCUCACGAUUCCACGUUUGGAGCUACAAGCUGCCGUAGAAGGUCUCAACAUCGCCCUCACGAUUUGCCGUGAACUAGAAAUCGAUUUGCGCCAUGUGACCAUCCCCUCGGACUCACAAACGGUGUUGCGGUGGAUCCAUUCCAAAACUUGUCGAUUUGAAGUCUUCGUCAACAACCGCAUUGGAAAAAUACUCCGUAACACAGGUCGUCGACAAUGGCGUCACGUUGCUGGAGACUUGAACCCAGCGGACCUCUGCAGUAGGGGUAUCGACCCAAAGGAUGUCAACGAACUGGUACACUUUCAUCGCGGGCCACCUUUCCUGAAUCUAGACCCCUCGGAGUGGUACACUUGGGAAGAUAUCGCGGAGCCGGAAGAACGAGACGUAAACGUGAUUCGUGUCUUGGCAGUCAAAACGGAAGACGAAAAUCAUGUCAUCGCUCGAUGUGUCGCACGUUUUUCCAGUUUGUUGAGACUUCAACGAGGGCUGGCCUGGAGUACAAGAUUUGCCAACAACGCCAGAGCGAAACUACGUGACAAAAAACCCAUGGUCGGAGAGCUAACGGUAGAAGGAAUGGUAACGUCACUGACAAAAUGCAUCGUACGUGCACAGGAAUUGUCCUUUGCUGAAGAAUUCUACGCCCUUCGCAAGAAUCUGGAACUACCACUCAGAUCGAAACUUCGCACCUUCCAGCCCAUCUUGGAGGAAGUCGGACAGAUCGGAAUUGGCGGACGUAUACUUCAAGCGCCGAUCGACUAUGCAGCUAAGCACCCCAUACUUCUACCAGCAUCUCAACCUUUAACAAAAAGGAUAAUUUGGAAUCACCACGUUAGACACAUGCACGUCAAGACAGAAAGAUUGCUGACAGACCUACGUUCACGCUUUUGGAUACUUUCCGGACGUAAGGUUGUAAAAUCUGUCAUCAAUAACUGCUGGCCUUGCAAGCGGACUUCAGCGAUACCUAGUCCUCCGUUGAUGGCUUCUCUACCAGUCCAUCGUUUAACACCCCAUCUGCCUGCGUUCACGUACACAGGGAUCGACUACUUUGGACCCUUGACUGUACGAGUUGGUGGACGAGGACGAAGACAUGAAAAACGUUGGGUCAGCCUAUUCACGUGCUUCACCACACGAGCAGUUCACUUGGAAUUGGCCAACGGGCUCAGUAUGGAGGAGUUCUUACUCUGCUUCUCCCGUUUUGUUAGCCUACGCGGAAAACCGCAGGUUGUUUAUAGCGACAAUGGGACAAACUUUGUCGCCGCCGAGCACGAGUUGCGACAAGCCCUAGAAGAACUUGUUACCAAACACCAAGAACUUCGAACAGUAAUGGCUUGUCAAGAAACAGACUGUCACUUCUCUCCAUCCCAUGGACCCCACUUCGGUGGUGUUUGGGAAAGAAUUGUACAAUCCUGUGUCGCUGCUGUACUGCAUUGGCACGGGUUCCACGGAUGGCAUGCACAAUACAAAUACCACGAGCGUCGUAAACUACACAAGGAACACCUGAAAAAACAAGGCAAUCAGAGAGCCCUCGGCCGUUUGGUACUAGAAAUCAAUUUAACAUUACCACAGCAGCAAUUGUACAGUUAUAUUGCAAUUAUACAGUGUAAUAACCUAUGGCGGGUGGAACCGAAUAGUAGCGAGCUGACUGACUUCCCGUCUGAGGUGGAAUCUCUUACAAUGAUUACCGUUUACCUUGGCCGCUGGGUGGCUACCGUGGGUUAA